AUGGAGGGCGUCUCCCGAAAGCGCCCGAGUCCCAACGAGGAGGGUCACGAUCACCAGGCUCGUUCCAAGCGACAGCGCACCAUGGCUCCCGAGGCAGAAUCCACUGCGAUCCCCGCUUUCAGUGCCGUGAAUCGCCCGACCGCCGAAGACCUGGGCAGAGACGGUCUUCGCAGAUCAAUCGCCUUGACCUUGAAGCAGGUGGGCUUCGAUUCCGCUUCCAAGGACGCGCUGGAGGGCUUUACUGAGACGGUCGACACAUACAUUACUGGCUUCGUUGAGCAGCUGAUGCGAACCGCAAAUGCUGCGCGCAGAGUCGACCCCACACCGGUUGAUUUCGAGUCCAUUCUACAUCAGCACAAUGUUCCGCUGUCAUCUCUGAAGCCACACCUCAAAAACCCCGUCCCGAAGGAGCAACUCGAACCAGCCUUGUACGAUCCCAUCACAGAGGACGUCGGCCGACUUCUUCAGAGCUCUCGGCUGUUUUUGGGCGAUGAACUAGACGGCAAAGCUGAGAAGGAAGAGAAGGCGUGGAUCCCAAAGUCGUUCCCCGACUUUCCCAGCAAGCACAGCUACAAAUACACGCCGGUCGAGGAGACUGCAAGGGAUACCCAGAGCAAGCGUGCGGAAGCUGCGGCUGACGCCAGGAAAGGCGAGAUGGCGCUGCGACGCAUCGAUCGAGCAGCCAAAAUCAGCCGGCAGAAAGAGCUUAAGGAAGUGGCGCAACGCAAUCCGUUGAUCAAGCAGCGACAUGAGGCGUGGGAGGACCUGAUGAAGAACCUUGUGCCGGCCAGAGGCGGUGUGAGUGGUGCAACCGAGAUGGCCGAUCACAGUACCAUUGUCAAUGCCGCGGCCAAGUAUGGGCGCAAGGAGGUACCGAGAACGAGCAGAAGAGCGCCGGUCGACAAUCAGGGUUGA